AUGCAGGACUCCAAGAAAGACCAUACCAUCAUGCUGGAACACGCUCACACGCGGGACGACGAGCUCAUCAAGCCCAUCCCGCAGGUAACCAAGGUGGACUAUUCAGGGGCCCACGAGAAGACAGACCCGCGGGAAAUCGCGCUCGUCAGGAAGCUGGAUAAAUGGAUCAUGCCUAUGCUGUGGUCCAUGUACUGGCUCAACUACCUUGACCGCAAUGCUAUUGCCCUAGCCCGUCUCGACGACCUGGAAAAAGACUUGAAUCUCAGCAGCACGCAGUACCAAACAUGCGUCAGCAUCCUCUUUGUAGGCUACCUUCUCGGCCAGAUCCCCAGCAACAUGUUUCUGAACCGCACGCGGCCCUCGCGCUACAUGGGCAUCUGCAUGGCGCUCUGGGCCGUCGUCUCGUCUCUCACGGCGCUCUCCAAAGACUUCACCGGCCUGCUCCUCACCCGCUUCUUCCUCGGCAUCACCGAAGCGCCGUACUACCCUGGAGCCGUGUAUCUGCUCUCCAUGUUCUACAAGCGCAAAGAGGUCGCCACGCGCAUCGCCAUCCUGUACACAGGCAACAUUCUCGCAACCGCAUUCGCCGGCCUCAUUGCAGCGGGAAUCUUCCACGGGCUCAGCGACGUCGGCGGCAUCAGCGGCUGGAAAUGGCUGUUUAUCCUGCAGGGCGCAGUCACUUUUGUCAUUGCCAUUGCCGGGUUUUUCCUCCUCCCGGAUUUCCCGCAUAACACGUGGUGGCUCACGCAGGACGAGCGCGAGCUGGCGACCAACCGCAUGGCCAUGGAAACGGUGGGAAAUAAAGGCGAGACGUCUGUGUGGGCGGGCUUCCGCCAGGCGGGAAAGGAUCCCAUGGUGUGGAUUUUCGCCGUCAUGGCUCAUAUGCAUUUGGCUGCUAACGGCUUCAAAAACUUCUUCCCAACCGUCGUCCAAACCCUCGGUUUCUCCCAAACCAUCACCCUGGUCCUAACCUGCCCGCCGUACCUCAUCGCCGGCGCCGUCACCAUCCUGGUGUCAUGGUCAUCCGGCAAGUUCAACGAGCGCACAUGGCACAUUACCAUUUCCAAGGCAGUAGCGACCUUUGGGUUUGGGCUUGCGUGCGCCGAUCUAGGCGUUGCAGGGCGCUAUGUGGCCAUGGUGAUUUUCACCAUAGGCACGUAUGGCGUCAACUCGCUUAUCCUGGGCUGGUGCGGAUCCACGUGUGGACAGACGCCCGAGAAGAAGGCGGUUGCGAUUGGCAUUGUGACAACGGUUAUGAAUGCGUCGUUUAUUUGGACACCCUAUCUCUGGCCCAAAUCCGACGCACCCAGAUACGUCAUUGCACUGAGUUCUUCAGCUGCCUUUUCCGUCAUGACGGCGCUGCUUGCGUGGGUAGCCAAGAUAAUGUUUCUGCGCAAGAACAAGCAGAUUCUGGAGCGCGAAAGCGAGGCUCAGAAUUUCUAUGUUUAUUAG